AUGGAGUUAGCGCAUCGGGCAUAUUGGGCAAUCAAGACGGUAAAUGCAGAUUAUAAUGAGGCGGGAAAGAUGAGAAAGUUGCAAUUGAGUGAAAUCGAAGAGCUUAGAGACGAGGCAUAUGAGUGUGCAUCGGCUUACAAAGACAAGCUCAAGAAAGUACACGAUGCAAAAUUGAGAAAGAAAACGUUUGAAGUGGGUCAAAAGGUUUGGUUGUACAAUUCAAGACUUAAGAUGUUUGCUGGCAAGCUUAAAAGCAAAUGGAUGGGCCCGUAUGUCGUUCGGCGAGUUGGGAGGUUUGGUGAUGUAGAUAUCCAAGAUGAGCAAACGAACAAACAACAAACGGUGAAUGGCCAUCGCUUGAAGCCAUACUUGGAGGGGAACGACAUAAACAACUUGGAGCUUAACAAAGCGGGCUACAUUCUACGCCCGGUAGACGAUGAUCAACCAUGA